GCAUAAGCAGAGCGUCCUUCAUGGUGUUUCUGUUCCAGUCUUUAGUGUUGGGGACUCACAUUGGGACUCCCUUUGACACUCAAAACAACAUAAUGGAGUGACCUGUGGAGAGAUUUGAAGACUUCAUGAACCAACACAUCCGUGAAUAAAGGGCUCCGGGCUGGUAGAAAUGGAGACGAACGGGCCAGUCAUGUCUCGGCAGGAGGGGGAGAAGACCCACCAGAGUUCGGCUUCCACGCGCUAUGGCUCGGUAGCUGACAGCAUUUCUGCGCCUGAGCCGGAGGAGACGACGACAGUUAUCUCUUCAGAACGCGCCUAUGUAACAGUCGCCAUUCUCUGUUAUGUGAACUUAAUCAAUUACAUGGACCGGUACACAAUCGCUGGAGUCCUUCUGAGUAUCCAGAACUUCUUUGAAAUAAAGGACAGCAUGUCUGGACUACUACAGACUGUUUUCAUCUGCAGUUUCAUUGUGUUGGCUCCAAUCUUUGGUUACCUUGGUGACCGGUACAACAGGAAGUUAAUCAUGAUUGGUGGGCUGACUGUAUGGGUGGCAAUGACCCUGACCAGCUCUUUUGUCACAAAGUCGUAUUUCUGGCUGUUGGUGCUCUUCAGAGCCCUGGUGGGGACAGGUGAGGCCAGUUACUCCACCAUCGCUCCCACCAUUAUUGGAGACCUGUUCUCUGGAACCAAGAGGACCAUCAUGAUCUCCGCCUUCUACAUCUUCAUUCCAGUGGGAAGUGGUCUGGGAUAUAUAAUUGGAUCCUAUGUUGCCAGCGCCACAGGAGACUGGCGAUGGGCCUUAAGACUCAAUCCCAUCCUUGGUUCCUUCGGUCUGCUCCUGCUGGCUGUGUUCUGCCCCAACCCCUCACGAGGCGCCUCAGAGGCCCAUGGAGGCAACCGCAUGCAGCACACCUCGUACCUGGAGGACAUCAAGUACCUUCUGAAGAAUAAGAGCUUUGUGUGGUCGUCCCUGGGAGUGACAGCCAUGGCCUUUCUGACCGGAGCACUGGCCUUCUGGACCCCCAUCUUCCUGGACCGAGCUCAGAUCAAUCAAGGCAUCCAACCACCGUGCACUGCUGAACCCUGCAACACAACUAACAGUUAUGUCUUCGGGGGAUUGACGGUGGUGACGGGCAUUCUGGGUGUUUCUUUGGGCAGCACCAUCUCCAGGAGGCUGAGGGACAGGGUGCCCAAUGCUGACCCCCUCAUCUGUGCUGUGGGCAUGCUCAGCUCCGCCCCCUGCUUCUUUGCUGCCAUCAUACUGGCGUCUACAAGUGUUCCUGCCACUUAUGUGUUCAUUGGCAUUGGGGAGAUUCUCAUAUCACUGAACUGGUCCAUUCUAGCAGACAUCCUCCUGUAUGUGGUGGUGCCAACCCGAAGAGCUACAGCCGAAGCCCUACAAAUCAUGGUCUGUCAUCUCCUUGGAGAUGCCGGGAGCCCUUACCUGAUAGGCACAAUUUCGGACGCUCUGAGGUCCCAGCUGAACACACACGAGUGGAAAUUCCGGAGCCUGGAGUAUAGUUUCCUGCUGUGUCCGUUCGUAGGGGUCUUGGGCGGGCUGUUCUUCCUCAUGACCGCAGUUUACAUCACCAAGGACCGGAAGGAGGCUGAGCUCCUCGCUACAGGAGUCUGUGUACCGGUACAGGCGAACCCCUAGCUAGGCCCCACGCAGCACUGAGGUGGAACUGGGGCCCCUAGAGGAGACUGGCUGUUGCUAGAUGAGGAUUCUAAGCUGUGAUAUGCAUGACCGGAUGUGUCAUCCCAGACGACUCAAUGCAAGACAGUAACGGGACAGGCCAGGAGGUCAACACUGAUCCAGAUAACAUUUGUUGUGUUCCGUAGUACACAGACUGCUCUUUCAUUUUUAAAUAGUGUGCCUUUUAUUACAAAUCUAUUAAAAAACAUGUAUAAAAUGA